AUUGAUACACUUCAUGAUAAUAUGAAAUCAAAAGAAGAAAAAUUUAAUGAAACCACCAUUUUAAACUUUAAAGAUUUGGAAAAUGGAAAGCCAUUUAAUAUUUGUGAGAAUUCAACAUAUUCACAAUUGUUCAAAGUAGCGACGGAACGCGUAAUUCCUGAAAGCAAAAAAAUUUCUACAUUACCUACUAUCAACACUUUAUCCGUCUCUUCUUCAGCUCCAUCAAUUUCUGAAUUAGAAAGAAUUUCAUUAUCACAACUUUCACAAUGUCCCACUAUAAAAUUACCAAGUCUUUCCGCAUCUCAACUAUCAGAAAUGUUUCCUUCCCAAACUUCUCAAUAUAAUUUCAUACAAAAUUCAUCAUCCUUUGAUUCUUCAUCCACUCAAACUAUCUCACGUUUCAACAACGACAACGAUAAUGAUACUGAAAUGAUUUCAGAAGAAGAAAAAGAAAGAUUACGAAUUGAAGAAGAAAAAGCUCGCGAAGCUCAAAAAAGGCAGCAAUUUAAAGAGAUGGUUCUAAAACACAAAGAACAAAAGACUAUAAAGAAACGUAAAAAUGUUAUGUAA